AUGGAGCGUAAACGAUCUAGAGUUACUCCCGAAAACUACACGCGAGCCAUAAUAUCGCUCUCAAGAAGAUGCUCGAGCACAUCUGUCUUCCCGGGAAACAAUUAUAUUGAUAUGGGAGAUUGGAUGCUACUAGACCGCAAUCUUCUUAACCUUCCAAAAAGAGAAGAACAGGCCAUUCCGUUCGCUUCUGAUGCUGGACAAACUCACGACCUUGUUGUUGUGUACAACAGUAGCGAAGGGAAGUGGGAUGUGCAAGGAUAUAGUCAAGAGGAACACGGAGACUUCUAUGCUGCUACCUCUGCUCCUGAGGCAGGCCUCGGGCAAUUGAUUUUCAUUCGAGGUUUCAUAUCGCCAUCAUGGGUAUCCACCAUUGGGAGCAAAUACAACAUCGACCCGGAAUUCUUUAGACGACACAUGGAAUACCUUUCGGCGAGCGUUGACCGGCAUGCAUACAGUCUUCCAUCACUCGCCAGUUCGUCCAAUAAUAUAUUCCGGCUUUGUACCACGGUUGGGCCGGUAAAAGACCUCACAACAUGGCACGAAGAAAGUUUGCUGAUACAGGAUCUAGUUGUCGUUUGGAUGGACCACGGUAGACCCUUGGAGAAGUCACCUCCCGGACCAUGGACAAGUCAUAUCGAAUCCAAGGCCACAGCAUUACCCAUAAUCCAGCACCAUCACAAGAUGGCAUUUCGAACCACCACCAACUAUCUAGAUCCAAAUACUAAUUCUUCAGUGGAAUUCCAGCAGAGUACGGCUGUUCUCCCCUUGCAGUACGAUUCACUGGUCGGGCUCGUCGAUCUGUCCCGUCGCGCAGCUCAAGAUCCGCUAUCGAUGUGCAUCCCAUUAUUUGCGCAUGCUGCUUUCUCCGAAAUUCAGUUUUUAAACCUUAUGGAGUCCAGGAUCCGAAUGCAGAUUGAUGCGGUAGCCAAAGGAGUCUCAGCCGACGCAUUGGGAACUUUUCAGUAUUUUUGCAAUAUUCUGGACAGGCAUGCUCGGCAACUGGCAGAAAGCACUCGCGCGUUCUGCAAAUUGAUCAAUCAAAGUAAUCAAAGGUCAAAUGGUGUCAGAGCGGCAAGCCCAAUGUCCAAAAUCGCUGUGCCCCCAAGCAUCGGUAUGCACCGGGAGAUGUCAGAAACCGAGACAGCCAGAAAUAUUGGAUCAAGUAAUUUCGAAAAUGCUUUUGCAGCGAAUAACCUUUGGGAAGACUACGAGCAGCUCCAUAUUCGUUGUAUCGACCUGUCGAGAAUGUGCACUCAGGGUAUAAAUCUAGCGAUGAACAAAGCUACGAUUGAGGAGUCUCGAAAGGCAAUUGAGCAAUCUGAACGACUCAAAAAGCUAACUUUGUUGGCAACGUUCUUCAUUCCUCUCACCUUUAGCACCAGCUUGUUUGGUAUGAACAUUGAUCUCCUCGGACAGAACGGCGUUCGAUUUUGGUGGUUCUUUGUCCUAUGUGUACCAAUUACUUUGUCUGCCUACGUGCUUUAUUUGUGGGACUUUCAGUUCCUGAAGCGGUGUUGGGAGAGAUUCUGGAAAGAUCGUCGCUGUGUGAGACGGAAUAAGACGGCGGAGAAAAGCAACAAGGAUCCGAGUCACAUUGUUUGA